GGGGAAGCAGCCGGGGCCGUCCUGGAGCUGCGGCCGGAGAUGCUGUCGGGCCGCGACCGCUCUCGGCAGCCCGGACCCCUUCAUUGAAGACACCCGGGGGAGGUGCCCUGUCAGGCCGGCUGGUAAAGUGAAUUCUGACGACAGAAGAGUUUGAUGACACAGACUACCAAAUUUCUUUGGAGGACACGUUAUGAACCCUUUCUGGAGCAUGUCUACAAGCUCUGUUCGCAAAAGGACUGAUGGCGAAGAGAAGACAUUAACAGGGGACGUGAAAACCAGCCCUCCGCGCACUGCCCCGAAGAAACAGCUGCCUUCUAUUCCCAAAAAUGCUUUGCCCAUAACUAAACCGACGUCGCCCGCCCCAGCCGCACAGUCAACAAACGGCACGCAUGCUUCCUACGGCCCCUUCUACUUGGAGUACUCUCUGCUUGCAGAAUUUACCUUGGUUGUGAAGCAGAAGUUACCGGGCGUCUAUGUGCAGCCUUCAUACCGUUCUGCAUUAAUGUGGUUCGGAGUCAUAUUCAUACGGCAUGGCCUCUACCAGGAUGGUGUAUUUAAGUUUACAGUUUAUAUCCCUGACAACUACCCAGAUGGGGACUGCCCCCGCUUGGUGUUUGAUAUUCCCGUCUUUCAUCCGCUAGUCGAUCCCACCUCCGGUGAGCUGGAUGUGAAGAGAGCAUUUGCAAAAUGGAGCUUUUCUCCAUGGAAUCCUUCUAUACAUGAUGAAGCCAGAGAAAAGAUGCUGACUCCAAAAAAGAAGCCUGAAGAGCAGCACAGUAAAAGUGUUCACGUUGCUGGCCUGUCCUGGGUAAAGCCUGGCUCAGUACAACCUUUCAGUAAAGAAGAGAAAACGGUAGCAACUUAAGAGCGGGUGAUUCUGGUGCACCGUGCACUUUCCUGCUGGACUCUGGCCUAGUUAAAGCUGACCAAGGGCAAAGGAUUGCCUGAAGAGUAAAAAAGUGUGAACAAUGACUGAUAUCAGUGUUGUCCAUGUAUGCUUAGGUUCUAACAGCAAAUUCUGGAAACCUCUUUGAAGUAAUUAAUGCAUCACUUCUGUUAGAAGUGACUUUAGGGUGGUUAUCUAGUGAGUACUCCAAAUUAUUGGGGACAUUGAGGUCUAAAUAUUUUUCUGAAUAUAAUGCUAAAGGUAAGUUACAUUCAUUUAAACUAAUGAGUAGACAGUCCAGCACUAUCUAAUGAUUUUUAAAUUGGUGGUUUCAGUUGUAUGUAUAUUAGGAUAUGAAUAUGGAAAAGAGAAAUAGAGAAAGCAGGUUUCAUAGCUUAUUAGCACUUUUAAGUGGAAAAUCAUUUGAGUGUCAGUUUUCAGCAAACUGUCUUACUGAUUUGAAAACGGCUAUCACUGAGGUACAUAUGGGUGGGUGAGAAGAAACCAGAACACUGUUCAUAGUUUUUUUUCUUUUUUUUCCUAAAGCAAAUAACUUAAUGUAUUUUUCUGGCUGGAGGGAGAAAGUGUUAAGACGGUUUCUAAUGAAGUCAGAUAUUUAAACGAUGAAUGACUAAUGUGUUUUGUAGAGAUAAAAUAAAUCAAUAAAUGGUCA